AUAUGUAGCUUUUGUUUUUUUAACAGAAGAUCAUAUCAUCCAUCACUGCGCUGUCUUUUGUUUUUCUCGUGUGUGAGAGAAUUUUCAGUCCUUCUCUCUUGUCUCUACCUUCUUUUGCAUACAAUGAAUGCCUAGUGUAGUGUAUUCACAUUGUUUUUCUUGUCCAACAUUCACUUCCUUUUCCUUUCUCCUCUUUUUUCACUGUUACUAUGAUUUGAUAUCAAAGAAACUUUACUACUGUUACUUACUACUAUACUCAUCAUUUGAAAUACAAUUAUCAUCACUUUACAAAAAAAUAUCUGCGUUACAUAAGUAUUUUUACCUUUCUGUUUUCUUUGCAAUUUCCUCAUAUCUUUUUACUACAUCUUAAAUUGUUAUUUUCAUGUUUUUCUGUGAUUUUUUUGUUUAUGCUGAAUGAGAAGCUGAGCUAAAUAUAUGUGCGUUAUUUUACUUGUAAUAGUAGUAAACUUUAUGCUGAAUGAUAAACUGUUGCUGUUCAAUUUUACUCACCCUUGCAAAAAAAAAACUAAUAGUAUAAUUAUAGGACUCUGGAAUUAUUGAUGGGACAAGAGUUGGAUCUCAAUGACAAGUCUACUGUGAUUCUCAGUCCCAAUUCUGUUCUUCCAUCUCAUCAAAACUGUUUGAAUGUGAAGAAGGAGAAAUCAUGUAGAUCUCAUAGACUAGAAGAGAAUAUAGAAACUAGAAGAGGUUCCAUUUAUCUGAGUCCAAAUCAGAAGAAAAUGGCCACAAUUCAGGAAAGGAAAAAGAUAGAAAUUUCAAGUAGGACUAGUGACAACUCUUAUUCGGGUAGCAUUUUUUAUGCAUUGUGUAGUGGUUCAGAUGAUGAAGAUUCUGUUGAGGUUGAGACACCUUCUUCAGUAAUAUCUCAGGAUUCACAAUUGAGUUCUCAAUCUCCAUCGGUUUCUUGUUCCUGUACUUGUAUGGAUCACAACAUAUCAAGUAGUUUUAUUGAAUUUUGCAUAAAUUCAGGUGUUUGUGAUAAAAAAUCUAGUGUAGUAGAAGUAGUAGGUUCUGUAAAUUCAAAGAUUAGAAGUAAUAAGGUUAAUGAUUCUCUUGUAAUUGGUAAUAAUUCUCCUCUUCAAAAAGUGAAAAUAACUCAUUCUCACCAACCAUAUCCAUCAGAAAGUGAUUGUUCAUCAAGAGUGAGUUCAAAAGUCCCAUUCACUCCAAUCAGAAAAAGGCUAAAUCCUUUCACAAAGUCAAAGAAAGUUGCAAGAAACAUGGCUUGUCAAAAAUCUUUGUUGAAUGACUUUUCCAACACAACAAAAGGUGCUGACAUUGUUUCUGAAUUUGUCAAUAGAGAAAUUAAGGAUUCUGGUCUAGCAUGCUCACAUGUUCAUUUGCAUGGCAAUCUCAAGAUGAAAAACAAACAAGGACUUCCUUAUUUUGAGUUUAAGGUAAAUUCCCCUGAAGAUGUCUUUGUUGCAAAGACAUGGAGAGUAGGUAAUGCUUUAAAUUGGGUAUAUACCUUUCACUCUUUUCAUACUAGAACGAAGAGUAAUGCAGGCUUGGGAUCUCAACAUUGUGACAAAGAUUCAUCAUCAAUGGUAGCACAGAUGCUAGUUUCUUGUAGUUUAUGUUCUGAAUUAGAAGAUGGAGUAAUUGGAAACUAUAUGGUUACAGAAUUUGUGUUGUAUGAUUUUACUCAUUCAAGAAAAAGUGUUAUACCAAAGAAAAAGUCUUACAGCAAACAAGAUGCUUCGAAAACUCUGAAUGCUUCUAGCCUUGAAAGUGCUGCUAUUGUUUUGCGAAUACCUUUUCAUAAGAGAGAAAGCUUGAAAUACAAAAGAGGUGAUAGAAUGAAAACUAAAGCACAUUCCAAACAAAGUGAUGUCUCUUCACCAGUAGAGCAAGUGAAGGUGGUACUACCAAUUGGAAACCAUGGUUUGCCGAGUGCUGAAAGUGAGGGUCCUUCAUCGUUACUUGAUCGAUGGAAACAUGGUGGAGGUUGCGACUGUGGUGGCUGGGACAUGGCCUGCCCUCUUAUUCUUUUAGGCAAUCCUAGUGUUCAAUUUCAUGAAGAUCGCCCUCUUGUGGAGAAAUAUCAACCACUAGAACUUUUCUCUCAGCCUCAGGGAACCAAAGAAAUUAAUCCUACCUUUAGCAUGACAUUAGUUGAAGAGGGGCAAUAUGCAGUUGAUUUCCAUGCCAAAUUAUCUUCAUUACAAGCUUUCUCCAUUUGCGUCGCCAUUUUGCAUGGCACAUCUACCUUCAGUGCUAAGGCAGAACAGGCGAAAAAUCAACCGUUAUCUCAAUGCAGUUCGUUAAAUACACUUAUUGAAGAAGUAGAAUUAUUCAUCAAAUCAGUCAUAGCAGAGGAGAAGAGAAAAAUGUCUAAUAUUCACAAGGGAAUUCAUCGACCCUCUAUGCUGAACCAGCCUUUUUCGCCUAUUGGGCGAGUAUGAAGUGUCUUCUCACACUUGAAUUCCAACACAGCCUGAUUGAAGACCACAACUCGAGCGAAAAUAUCUAUUGCCAGCUAUGAGUCCAUAUUGUAUGCAAUUGUUAGUAGGAACUGAAAUUUUGUAAGAAGUGAACAUGGUGAGGAUGAGAUUCACAUCAAUAUAUGUAGGAGGUGCUCUAGUUCUGCCUUAUUUGAACAGAGACUGGGUUAUUACUCAUCAUGUCAAUAUAAUAAGAAUAUAUAUUGUUAGAUAGAAGAGUAAAUACUCAGCUCACAUGAAGAAAAUGUGGAGUGUCUACUGGUGAUACCCAGGACCACCAGAUAUUUUCUAUAUUGUAAUGGCAUUAAUUAGAGGGAAAAAAUAAAGAUAUAUUUACCAUUUAUUUCAUAUGUGUAUAUUUGGUAAAUAUUUUUUUAAGAAA